AUGGGCCGCGAAGACCAAAUUGAGGAACGCGAGGUCCUCGACUCGAUUUUCCCAGAUGAGAUUACAGACAUAUCCGAAACUUCAUACAAGAUCUCCAUAACGCUCGACCCUCCCGAGAAUGGCCCCGAGCCCGAGCAACCUGUGAUUUACCUUGAAGUCUCAUACCCUGAAGACUAUCCCGAUGUCGCCCCGGAGCUCAAGAUUACACCAGUUCCCAAUGCCCCGAAGCACCCUCUUAUCGAACUUCCAGAAGAUGAAGACGUCCUAACUGAUGCUCUGAACAAUGCAAUCGAGGAGAACAUGGGAAUGGCAAUGGUCUUCUCACUUGUUAGCGCGCUGAAGGAAGCUGCAGAGCAGUUGAUGGUGGACCGCGUCCAGGCUGUUGAAGAGGAGAAGGCGCGCGUGGCUCAAAAGGCAGAGGAGGAGGAGAACCGGAAAUUCCGAGGCACAGCAGUCAACAGAGAGACAUUCCAGAAAUGGCUUGAAGGCUUCAAGAAAGAGACAGAGGAAGAAGAACAGCGGCAGCGUGAGGAGAAGGAGGCAGAGGACAAGAAGAAAAAGACCGCCAAGGAAGAGAAGAAGCUUACGGGCCGAGAGCUAUGGGAGCGUGGUCUCGCAGGCAAGGCCGAUUAUGACGAGGAGGAAGAAGACGUUAUGCCUGCUGUCGACAAGCUCAAGGUUACUGCAUGA